AUUGUGGGCGAUUCGGCUAAUGGCGUCGGCGAGUCUGGGCACCCGGGGCAGGCAUCGCUGAAGCCUCUAGCCACUUCGGCUAGGUGACGCCCGCCGUGGCCGGGCCCCGCGGCAGCGGGAGGAACCUGCCCGCCUGGUGGGCUCCCGAGCCGGCGCCGGCAGAGCCUCGCGGGGCGGUACGGCUGCGGGCAGCGCUCGGCGAGCAGCCGUCGGCGGUGCGGGGCGGCGGAGGAGGGGUUCUAGGGCACGCCUCGGGGGCGAGCCCAGGCCGGGCCGUGCGUCCACCCGCGGAGCCCUGGGCUGGGCUGCGGGAGGCUGAGGGGCUGACAGUGUCAGCCUGCUGUGCCGUUCGCUCCCCGAUCGGCUAGGACCUGGUGGGGGACCAUGUCCGGCACCAACAGCCCAGAGGCUGUGAAGAAGCUCCUGGAGAAUAUGCAGAGCGACCUGCGGGCCUUGUCACUAGAAUGCAAGAAGAAAUUCCCACCUGUCAAGGAGGCUGCUGAAUCUGGAAUAAUAAAAGUAAAAACAAUAGCUGCAAGAAACACUGAAAUUUUGGCAGCAUUGAAAGAGAACAGCUCGGAAGUCGUGCAGCCUUUCCUAAUGGGGUGUGGGACCAAGGAGCCAAAGAUCACUCAGCUGUGUCUGGCCGCCAUCCAGAGACUCAUGUCACAUGAGGUGGUGUCUGAGACUGCUGCUGGAAACAUAAUUAACAUGCUUUGGCAGCUGAUGGAAAAUAGCCUUGAAGAGCUGAAGCUGCUUCAGACAGUUCUUGUUCUCCUAACGACCAACACAGUAGUUCAUGAUGAGGCACUAUCCAAGGCGAUUGUUCUUUGUUUUCGACUGCACUUCACAAAGGACAAUAUCACAAACAACACAGCUGCUGCUACAGUACGGCAGGUGGUAACCGUUGUCUUCGAGAGGAUGGUGGCCGAAGACGAGCGGCACAGUGACAUAGAACCACCAGUGCUGGUCCAAGGAAACAGUAACCGAAGGUCUGUCAGCACCCUGAAGCCUUGUGCUAAAGAUGCAUAUAUGCUUUUCCAGGACCUUUGUCAGUUGGUUAAUGCUGACGCCCCUUACUGGCUCGUCGGCAUGACCGAAAUGACUCGGACUUUUGGCCUGGAGCUGCUGGAAUCAGUCCUCAAUGACUUCCCACAGGUCUUUUUACAACAUCAGGAAUUCAGUUUCCUCCUCAAAGAAAGAGUAUGCCCUCUUGUGAUCAAGCUCUUUUCUCCAAAUAUAAAAUUCAGACAAGGUUCCAGCACUUCAUCUUCUCCAGCACCAGUUGAAAAACCGUAUUUUCCCAUCUGCAUGCGUUUGCUGAGAGUGGUGUCUGUUCUGAUCAAGCAGUUUUAUAGUCUUUUGGUAACCGAGUGUGAAAUAUUUCUGUCACUGCUGGUCAAGUUCCUGGAUGCAGAUAAGCCACAGUGGCUUCGAGCUGUUGCCGUGGAAUCGAUACACAGGCUCUGUGUGCAGCCUCACUUGUUAAGGUCUUUUUGUCAGUCGUACGACAUGAAGCAGCAUUCCACCAAGGUCUUCCGUGACAUUGUGAACGCACUGGGGUCUUUUAUCCAGUCUUUGUUUCUCGUCCCUCCUACUGGAAACCCUGCUGCAGCCAACCAAGCUGGAAAUAAUAAUGCUGGUGGCCCAGUCUCAGCGCCAGCCAGCUCAGGGAUGGUGGGGAUUGGUGGAGGUGUUACUCUGCUACCAGCAUUUGAAUACAGAGGAACUUGGAUACCUAUCCUGACUAUUACAGUUCAGGGCAGCGCGAAAGCCACUUACCUAGAAAUGCUGGACAAAGUUGAACCCCCAACCAUACCAGAAGGCUAUGCCAUGUCUGUGGCUUUCCACUGUCUAUUGGAUCUUGUCCGUGGAAUCACCACUAUGAUAGAAGGAGAGUUGGGAGAGGCUGAAACCGAGUGUCCAGCUGUCGUUCAAGAAGCACACUCUGAGUCAUCAGAACAGCGGGACGUGCAGUCAGUGUCAGACCCAGCAGAUAAGGAGACAGUUAGUAGAGCCGUUUGGGAAGAGAUGGUGAGUGCCUGCUGGUGUGGUCUUCUCGCUGCACUCUCGCUCCUGCUCGAUGCCAGCACAGAUGAGGCUGCCACUGAGAAUAUUUUAAAAGCUGAACUGACUAUGGCCGCUCUGUGUGGAAGAUUGGGCCUUGUCACAUCAAGGGACGCCUUUAUCACCGCCAUCUGCAAAGGCUCCUUGCCUCCACAUUAUGCUCUGACCGUACUGAAUGCCACCACUGCAGCUACACUUUCCAAUAAAUCAUAUUCUAUCCAGGGCCACAGUGUCAUGAUGAUAAGUCCAUCCAGUGAAUCCCACCAACAAGUUGUGGCAGUGGGUCAGCCUCUGGCAGUCCAGCCUCAAGGAACAGUAAUGCUGACUUCCAAAAACAUCCAGUGUAUGAGGACGCUGCUUAACUUGGCACACUGUCACGGUGCUGUUCUCGGAACAUCUUGGCAACUUGUUUUGGCAACUCUUCAGCAUCUUGUGUGGAUUCUGGGACUAAAGCCUAGUGGUGGUGGUGCCUUGAAGCCUGGAAGAGCUGUAGAAGGACCCAGUACAGUUCUGACAACAGCAGUGAUGACAGAUUUGCCAGUAAUUUCCAACAUACUUUCAAGACUCUUUGAGAGCUCACAGUAUCUUGAUGACGUAUCUUUGCAUCAUUUAAUAAAUGCACUUUGUUCCUUAUCUCUAGAAGCAAUGGAUAUGGCCUAUGGAAACAAUAAGGAACCAUCUCUUUUUGCUGUUGCCAAACUAUUAGAAACUGGUCUAGUUAAUAUGCACAGAAUAGAAAUCUUAUGGAGACCUCUAACUGGCCAUCUACUGGAGAAGGUGUGCCAGCACCCAAACUCUCGAAUGAGAGAGUGGGGAGCAGAAGCCCUGACGUCCCUCAUUAAAGCAGGGCUGACAUUUAAUCACGAGCCGCCGCUGACACAGAACCAGAGACUGCAGCUGCUUUUGUUGAACCCACUAAAGGAGAUGUCCAGUAUUAACCAUCCAGAUAUUCGACUCAAGCAAUUAGAAUGUGUGUUGCAGAUUCUGCAGAGUCAGGGAGACAGUCUGGGACCUGGAUGGCCAUUAGUUCUUGGAGUCAUGGGAGCUAUCAGAAAUGAUCAAGGAGAAUCUUUAAUAAGAACUGCCUUCCAGUGUCUUCAGUUGGUUGUGACAGAUUUUCUACCAACAAUGCCUUGUUCUUGCCUACAGAUAGUUGUAGAUGUUGCAGGUAGCUUUGGACUUCAUAACCAAGAACUUAAUAUUAGUUUAACUUCUAUAGGCUUAUUGUGGAAUAUUUCAGAUUAUUUUUUCCAAAGAGGGGAAACUAUCGAAAAAGAGUUAAAUAAAGAAGAGGCGGCCCAGCAGAAGCAGGCAGAAGAGAAGGGAGUGUCUCUAAACCGGCCGUUCCACCCUGCACCGCCCUUUGAUUGCUUGUGGCUGUGCCUUUACGCAAAGCUGGGCGAACUGUGUGUGGACCCGCGCCCCGCUGUGAGGAAAAGUGCAGGGCAGACUCUGUUUUCUACGAUUGGUGCACACGGGACCUUGCUGCAGCAUUCAACCUGGCACACGGUUAUCUGGAAGGUUCUCUUUCAUCUACUGGACCGAGUUCGAGAAUCUUCUACUACAGCAGACAAAGAGAAGAUUGAGUCUGGAGGUGGAAAUAUUUUAAUUCAUCAUUCAAGAGACACAGCAGAGAAACAGUGGGCUGAGACAUGGGUACUGACAUUGGCUGGAGUGGCAAGGAUCUUCAAUACCAGACGAUACUUGCUGCAGCCGCUAGGAGACUUUUCAAGAGCUUGGGAUGUUCUUCUUGACCACAUUCAGUCAGCCGCACUCAGCAAAAACAAUGAAGUAUCCCUGGCUGCUCUGAAAAGCUUCCAGGAGAUAUUACAGCUUGUGUCACCUGUCAGAGACUCGGAGAAGCCUGAGACACCACCAGUGGUCAAUGUGCCCGUACCUGUCCUUAUAGGAAACAUCUCAGGCCCAGGCCUGAACAGGCCAUUUGUAAGGACAGAUUCCAUUGGAGACAAGCUUGGUAGAUACAGUGCUGAGCCACCCAUAGUGACUGAUGAGCUCGAAGACUUGAACCUCUGGUGGGCUGCCUGGAAUACCUGGUAUAAGAUCGGCUCUGAAAGCACAAAGCCACCUGUAACUUUUGAUAAGCUCACCUUCAUUCCCAGCCAGCCUUUUCUUACAGCUUUGAUUCAGAUAUUCCCAGCUCUCUACCAGCACAUAAAAGCUGGCUUCAACAUGGACGACCUGCACAAGUUGGGGGUCAUAUUGCACAGCGCCGUUUCAGUCCCAAUAAGUUCAGAUGCGUCCCCUUUCAUCCUUCCAUCUUAUACUGAAGCAGUUCUAACAAGCUUACAGGAAGCUGUGCUUACGGCUUUAGAUGUUCUCCAAAAGGCCAUCUGCGUUGGACCAGAAAACAUGCAGAUAAUGUACCCAGCUAUAUUUGACCAGUUACUGGCAUUUGUAGAGUUUUCCUGUAAACCUCCACAGUAUGGACAGCUGGAAACAAAGCACAUUGCAAAUGCAAAAUAUAAUCAGAUCCAACUAUUUGCACCGGCGGAAUGGGUAGCCUUGAAUUAUGUGCCAUUUGCUGAGAGAUCUUUGGAAGUAGUUGUGGAUUUGUACCAAAAAACAGCCUGUCAUAAAGCAGUGGUGAAUGAAAAAGUCCUCCAGAAUGUUAUUAAGACUCUCAGGGUUCCUCUCAGUUUGAAGUAUUCCUGCCCUUCGGAAAGCACGUGGAAACUGGCAGUAGCUUCUCUCCUCAAAGUCCUUUCCAUUGGGCUGCCUGUCGCCCGACAGCAUGCUUCUUCUGGAAAGUUUGACAGCAUGUGGCCAGAAUUAGCCAGUACACUUGAAGACUUCCUCUUUACCAAAAGCAUACCUCCAGAUAAUCUUUCUAUUCAAGAAUUUCAAAGAAAUGAAAGUAUUGAUGUUGAAGUUGUUCAGCUCAUCAGCGCAGAGAUCCUCCCGUAUGCCAACCUUAUUCCUAAAGCCUUUGUGGGGCAGAUGAUGACCAUGCUCAACCGGGGCUCCAUCCACUCCCAGUCACCCUCAUUUACAGAAGCAGAGAUUGACAUUCGUUUGAGAGAAGAGUUUUCUAAGAUGUGUUUUGAAACACUGCUCCAGUUUUCCUUCAGUAACAAAGUCACCACACCCCAAGAAGGCUACAUCUCGCGAAUGGCGCUCACCGUGCUGUUAAAGCGGUCUCAGGAUGUCCUACAUCGCUACAUAGAGGACGAAAGGCUGAGCGGAAAGUGCCCUCUCCCCAGGCAACAGGUAACAGAAAUCAUAUUUGUUUUAAAAGCAGUCAGUACUCUCAUUGACUCGCUUAAGAAAACUCAGCCUGAGAAUGUUGAUGGAAAUACAUGGGCACAAGUAAUUGCCUUAUACCCAACUUUGGUAGAAUGUAUCACGUGUUCAUCCUCAGAAGUUUGUUCUGCUCUGAAAGAGGCACUAGUUCCCUUUAAGGAUUUCAUGCAACCACCAGCAUCCAAAGUUCAAAAUGGAGAAUCUUGACCCCCUACAGUCAUGGAAGGAAGAGAGAUAACCUAAGGAAGAUUUGCUCCUGAGUCUUCUAUGAGAAGGACGUUUUUUACUGCAGUAAUUCUUGGCAGCUUUGUUUGCCUUCUUUAAAGUGUAAUUAUCUGGGCUCGGUAAUUCUUGUGAAAGUGUACAUUGUCAACAGAGGCUCCUGAAGGAACCAGCCUUUUAAUGAGAGAACUGAUGGGAUCGGGAUAGAGAGUUCUCCCUUGUACCUGCUAUCAUAUCUUCAGUUGGUGAUUUAAAAGUGAGCUUAUGUACAGUGUGUGGUGUGUGUGCCAUUGAUGUGCUUUUUAAAAAGGAAGAAAAGAUAUUUCCAUUCAGAUUUCUAAGGCUGGUGUUUUGCACCCUUUUUCAAGUACAGAAACUGUACUGAAGUUUUAUGCAAGGUGAUACUAUAACAUUCCAUAAUUAUCUACAACCAGCCUUUGUGAACAAAGGGAACUCAUGUACUGUGUGUAUAAUAAAUGGUACAGUUCUGUAUAAAAUAGUUGCAUUUAUUUAAAAUUUAAAAUUGAUGUUAAAUAUUGAUGUUAAAAUGCUUGAAGGCAUAUUUAUUAUUAAUACAAAGUUGUUUGCUUACAUUUUUACUUCUGAUUUGCCUUCUUAUGGGGCAGAUAAGUUUAUCAUGUAAUCACACAGCGUCAUGCUUUUUACAUGCAUUGUUGGUGACCUGUACGCCUCUGGCCAGAGGAUCAUGUGAACAGCAGAAGUUAUGGUCUGCUGACUUUGCACCUUGGAAACACAGGUUGUAACUUAAUACACUGAGAUACAUUGUAGCACGAUGACCCAAUCAUACCUCAUUCUUUAGCCUCUCUCUAAGCUUUUAUGUGUCUGUUUUUAUAUUUGCUGUCUGAAUUUUAAAGACUUGUCAUAUUUUAUAUUUCUGCUGAUUUUCCUAUGACAUUUGUCACUGUCUUUGAAUGACCAAGGCAAGAUGACUUGAGAUUUCAUGAAACUUUGCCUGUAAGGUUUUGUUCAUUUCUGCGCUUCCUUUUCUGAGUUCUUUUCAAGAGGACUCGGCACUGGGCUAACCUACAGUAUAAAACUCGAGUCACCAGCAAGUGAGUGAGCAGAGGCAGCGGCAUGUCCCAGCAGUGAGCUCACUGUGGUGGAGCACAUGACCAGUCUCUCACAAAACUGACUUUGAUCUAGCUUGCUGUAUUUGUUUAAUUAUGCUGUUGUGAUAUUUUUUUCUUCCAAGUUAAAAUUUCCUUUCGCGGAUGUCGAAAACAUUGCUGUUAAUAAGAAAUGAUAAUGGGGCUGAUAUUAUUUUAAUGCAUUCUAGAAGAAAGCUUUUGACUUUAACAAGAUUUAUAAAUUUUGGACUCUUCAGAAUAAUCAUGAAACUAUAAGGAGACAUUAAAGUUGAGUAAUCAAUGAGAUACAAUUUUGAGGCUAUUUUAAUUAUGUAAUGAUUUAAUUUGCACUGUAUUCUAUAUACGUGUGGUAAGGCCUAUUUUGAAGGAAUAUUAUUUUUAUUCACACGAAUCAAUGAAUUUCUAUUUUAUUAAUUCAUGUAAGGUUAAGGUAAAACAUGGCAUUUCAUA